AUGUCGCACGAAUCUGCUGACAUUGCAUUUGAGCCUUACGGCUUAUCUUGGAGGCAGCUUAGAAAAAUCUGCACUUUAGAGCUCUCGAGUGCCAAGAGGGUCCAGUCUUUUAGGCAUAUAAAGGAAGAAGAGGUUUUCAAUCUCGUCAAAUGGGUCCCUUUUAAUGCAGUAUCUCCGAUCGAUCUUACUCAGGGACUAUUCUCGACUAGUUACGGAAUUACUUCGAUCGUGGCUUUUGGAAAGAAAUGCAAUGAGGAGGAGGAGGAGGAGGAGGAGGAGCAGAUCAUAUCAGUAGUCGCCAAAGCAACUAGAUUGUCAGCUGGCUUUGAGGUUGGGGACAUGUUUCCCCUGUCGAAGUGGCUUCUUGUGAUUAGUUGGUGA